AUGUUUUCUAUACAACAAUUCUAUUGUAUGAAAUUUAGAUCGUCUAACAAUGUUGACGUUAUAAUAGAAACUUUACUUGUUAUACCACUUAAAGGCAAGCUUAAAGGUAUGUUUUCAUUCCAAUCUAAGUUUGAAACACAAAAUUGGAAGUUUUGUUUCAUUCAGCACGCAAAAGUAAUGAAACAAAAGGCAAAAAUGAUAGUGGAAUGUCAUCUAAAUACGCGACAUAAAACUCCAUCAGUUCUUCCUCAGGAAAAUCAAAUUACACCCAAAGCUUGA